UGACGGGCUGAACACAUGGUCGCGCGCGCACGCGUUGAUCGCGCGCGGGGCAGGAAAAGCAGGAGGGAAAAGAAGGGGAGCAGGAGAAGGAAGGAGGACGAGGACGAGGACGAGGACGAAGCCGAGGACCGCCCGACGCGGAUGCGGACGACCAGGGCCGGCUGCGACGGGCGGACCGCGCGGCCGCGCGCUCGCGUCCGAGGGGCAGAAUUCCGUGCAAGCGUGGGGCUACGGGCGGCCGGGCACGCGAGCGGCGCCACUCCCACCCACCAUGCCGCGCAGGGGGCGGCUCGUGCGAUCGUGGCCUCCCCCCAUAAGACGAAGCCAGCUCCAUGCGGCCUGGGCCGCCCUGCCUCGCGCGCCUGGGCGGCGCGGGUGGCCCGCCUCAUUCAUUGACACCGCUUUCUGCCGCGCGCGCCGGCACCCCCAGCGCCGCCGGCCCCGAACCACGGUCGGCAGGGCCAGCGGCCGGGCUGCUCGGCAUAGGGCCCUCGGAACGGGGCACCGGGAGGGAGGGAGGGGCCCUGCGAUCCUGGCGCCUCAACUUCUUGGAGCCGAGCGCUUUUGCCCGACUCUGGCUGUGAUCUGUUCUAGAAGAGGCCAAGUUCGGGCAGGGAUGGAAAGAGACGGCGCCUCGCGAGCAGUCGGGAGCCAGGGCGGCCUCCCGGCCGAGAAGGCCUCGCGGAGCAUGCUCGAGGCCCGGGGUGGUGGGCUCUCGAUGAGCCCCGGAGGAUCCAGGGUGGAGGGGAGAGAUUCGGAAGGAGGGACACGGAAGAACGACGGAGACGGACGAGCCAGAGCCCGCGAGAGCACCCACGCUCGCCCCUGGCCGCUACUCCUGCCAGCGGCGAGCGGCGCACAGACGGGAUGUGGCGGCGAGGGGGGGCGCCCUUCGGAGGCAGCGGGGUGGGGGGA